AUGAACACCGCUUUGCAGUCAAACCCCACCGUCGCCGACAUCGACAUCACCACUCACGGAUCUGACUUCCUAUGGGCGGUCUUCUCUGUCAUGGCCGCUACCGGCCUCGGCACCAUGGUCUGGUCGCUCAAGGUUUCGCGUGGUGAGCGUGCCUUCCACUACCUCUCGGCCGCUAUCCUGGCCACUGCCUCGGUCGCCUACUUCUCCAUGGCUUCCGAUCUCGGUGCCACCCCCAUCCGUGUCGAGUUCACCAACUACGGCCCCCAGGAGGUCAACGGUGCUCUUCCCACCCGCUCCAUCUGGUACGCCCGUUACAUUGACUGGACUGUCACCACGCCCCUCCUUCUCCUCGAGAUUCUCCUCGUUUCGGGACUCCCCCUCUCCACCGUCUUUAUCACCAUCUUCUUCGACCUGGUCAUGAUCAUCACUGGUCUCAUUGGUGCUCUGGUCGAGUCUACCUACAAGUGGGGUUACUACACUAUGGGCUGCGUUGCCAUGUUCUACGUCUUCUGGGUCAUCUACGGCCCCGGUCUCAAGUCCGCUGCCCACCUCGGCGCAGACUUCAAGAAGGCUUACCUCUACUCGUCUCUCGUUCUUACCAUCCUCUGGACGCUGUACCCCAUUGCCUGGGCCUUGGCAGAUGGUAGCAACACGAUCUCGCCUGACGGGGAAAUGGUCUUUUACGGUGUUCUUGACUUGCUUGCCAAGCCCGUCUUUGCUCUGUUCCAUCUCUACUCGCUCCGACGAUGCAACUACUCGUCGCUCCACCUCAAGAGCGGCAAGUUCUCCGACUACGAGGACCUCUCUGGUGCUCACUACCGCGGCAUGAGCGACAAGCAAGCCGAGGCUGGUGUUGCUGGCCAGGGUGUCAACGGCACCACCACCACCGGCACGGCUGCUCCCGGUACUGCCACCACCGGUGCCAACCACUUUGACGCCGCUCCUGCCACUCAGAUGCAGCACGCUACCCAGUAA